GAAAAAUAAUAUUGGUAUUAUAUGGGUAAUUUGUUGGUGGCGCCUACAAGAGAGGAGAGGAAGCCGCCUUUGUGUAGAAGUGAAACUGAAUGAGUAGAUGUGCUGGAUCUAGAGUGAGAGCAACAACAUUGUUCCUGUAAAGCAGGGAAGCUGUGGUUCAGAGGAGCAGAGAAUCAUUUUAGCUGAAACAUGUCUUCAUCUGUAUCAACUACGGUGGGAGGUGUGGUGGUGGUCACCCAUGUACACCCAACACCUCAGGGUGCAAUGCCCCAACUUCCUGUGGGCAUCCAGAAGUUCAGCAGGGCCUCGCCGAUGGCGCUUGGGACAGUUCAGAUCAUGAUCGGCCUGAUGACUCUGCUGUUUGGGAUCGUUUUCAUGGCUCACGCAGAUACAGUGGGAGUUUACAGUGGCAUUUUCAUCUGGGGAGCUUUGAUUCACAUUCUAGCUGGAUCUCUGACAGUGGCUGCUGGGAAAUCUCUGAACCGCUGUCUGGUGAACGGUGCUCUGGGUGUCAGCAUCUUAGCAGCAGUUGUUUCCUGUAUUGCAACCAUCCUCCAUUCUCUGGAUGCUUCAGGGAUUACGUGGAGGCCAUGCUAUGACUACUCUAAUCUCCAGGAGGGAGGGAUGAAUUAUGACUGCCUCUUUUAUCAGGCUCGGACACAAGGAGUUUUGGGGGUCUUGAUUGUUUUCAACUUAUUGGAGUUAAUUGUUUCAAUCACCGUCGCAGGAUAUGGCUGCUGCGCCUCUUACAGUGCAGAGGAAUCAUCAGUGGUUUUUGUAUCUGCAGAUGCUUCACUGACUAGACAUGCUCCACCCAGUGCACUUUUCCUCAAAGACAUUGAGCCACCAGAAGAACCACUCUACCAUAACCAGUCAAUGCUGCUGUCAUCAGCUGAAGAGUCAGUCUAAACUGACCAUCCUGUGACAAAAUUCUCUUUUAAUCUUAACUGAAAGAUAAUAUAAGAUGAGAAUCUAAAUUCAAUGUGUCAUUCAUAACCCAACAUUUGUAAAACUAAACAUCAGACACAUGAUUGUGUGUAUAUCUGAUGUCAUGCAAACAAAAAGCUUUGUUUAAAAAAAGUGCUAUCAUUCAGAGAUGAUUAAACUGUUUGCUAAAGACUGCA